UCCGCCGCCGCCGCCGCAGCGAUCGCUGCCCCGCGCUCGGCGAGCAUGGAGGUGCAGCUGGGGGUCGGUCGCGUCUACCCGCGACCGGCGGGCAGGACCUUCCGCGGGGCUUUUCAGAGCUUCUUCCAGAGCGUCUGCGACGCUUUCCAGCCGCCGCGAGAGGAACCGGGCGGCGCCGGGCAACCUCCGCCGAGCGCGCCCUGCCCGCCGAGCCCCCGAGCGCCGCCGGACUCCCCCGCCUGCCUGCCGCCCCCGCCGGGCUGCCUGCCGCCCCCCGAGCCCCGCGUCCCCGGUAAGGCGCUGCCGCCCGCCGGCCCCGCCAUGGGCUCGUCCUUCCCUUGCACCGGAGAGCUGAGGGAGCUGCUGGGCGAGGCGGGUGCGAUUCCGAUGCUGCCGCCGCCUGAGACCGAGCCGGCGGACAAGGAAGAUCCGCUGGGCGACAGUGCCCGGCAGCUGUGCCGCGCCGUGUCCGCCUCCAUGGGGCUGGCGCUGGAGGCGCUGGAGACCCCGGCCGAGCAGCUGCCCCGCGAGGACUGCAUGUUCGCCGUGCCCGCCGGGCCGCCCCGCGCCCCCCGCCCGCCUGCCCGCGACCCCUCGCCCGUCUUCGAGGCCGCCCUGGCCGCAGAGCCGCCCGCCGGGCCGGGGCUGCCCCGCGGCUUCGGCCGCGUCAAGCUGGAGAGCGCGGCGGGGCCGGCCCCGGGCGGCGGCUGGGGCGGCCCGUGCCGCUUCGGGGCCGAGCUGGUCCCGCCGGGCCCCGCGCCCCCCUGGCCCACCUUCUUCGCCGAGGAGGGGCAGCUCUACGGGCCGUGCCCCGAGCCGCCCGCCGGGCCCGCCGACUGCCCUGCCGAUGCCUGGUACCCACCGGGCCGGGCGCCUUUCGCCGCGCCCGCCCCCGGCAUCAAGAGCGAGGUGGAGCCCUGGGUCGAGGGCUACGCCGGCGCUUACGGCGACCUCCGGUUGGAGCCGGGCCGUGACCAUGUCCUGCCCAUUGAUUAUUACUUCCCACCUCAGAAGACCUGUCUGAUCUGUGGAGAUGAAGCAUCUGGGUGCCACUACGGAGCCCUGACGUGUGGGAGCUGCAAAGUGUUCUUCAAGCGGGCAGCUGAAGGUAAACAGAAGUACCUCUGUGCCAGCCGCAAUGACUGCACCAUCGACAAGUUCCGGCGGAAAAACUGCCCCUCGUGCCGCCUGCGCAAGUGCUACGAGGCCGGGAUGACGCUCGGAGCCCGCAAGCUGAAGAAACUGGGUAACCUGAAGGCCCAGGAUGACAUGGAGGGAACCAGCUCAUCCAGCCCAACAGAGGAGCAAGCUCCCAAGCUGGUGAUGACACGCAUUGAUGGCUACGAGUGCCAGCCCAUCUUCCUCAACGUCCUGGAGGCCAUCGAGCCUGGGGUGGUGUGUGCUGGCCAUGACAACAGCCAGCCUGACUCCUUCUCCAACCUGCUGACCAGCCUGAAUGAGCUUGGGGAGAGGCAGCUGGUCUACGUGGUCAAAUGGGCAAAGGCUCUGCCAGGAUUUCGCAACCUGCAUGUGGAUGACCAGAUGUCAAUAAUCCAAUACUCUUGGAUGGGCCUGAUGGUGUUUGCUAUGGGGUGGAGAUCCUUCACCAACGUCAAUUCCAGGAUGCUUUACUUCGCUCCAGACCUGGUGUUCAAUGAGUACCGCAUGCACAAAUCCAGGAUGUACAGCCAGUGCAUCAGGAUGAGGCACCUCUCCCAGGAAUUUGGGUGGCUUCAGAUCACACCCCAGGAGUUUCUCUGUAUGAAGGCUCUCCUCUUCUUCAGUAUUAUUCCAGUGGAUGGCCUGAAGAACCAGAAGCUCUUUGAUGAGCUCCGCAUGAAUUACAUCAAGGAACUUGACCGGAUCAUUGCCUGCAAGAGGAAGAACCCCACCUCCUGCUCCCGGAGGUUUUACCAGCUCACCAAGGUCCUGGACUCUGUGCAUCCGAUUGCCAAGGACCUGCAUCAGUUUACAUUUGAUCUCCUAAUCAAGGCACACAUGGUGAGCGUGGACUACCCAGAAAUGAUGGCCGAGAUCAUCUCUGUGCAGGUUCCCAAGAUCCUGUCUGGAAAAGUCAAGCCUAUCUACUUCCACGCACAGUGAUCUUUCAGAGGGACCCCCGUGCUGCCACCCCCAUUCCAGCCAUCUCCUGCCUGUUACUUCUGCACUACUGUCCUGCAGUGCCUUGGGGAAUCCCUCUGUGGCGGUGGCCAAGGGGACAGGCAGUGACAGACCUGCUGAGAUUCCUGAGAUUACAAUUUUCCUGAGGUACCUCUGAACUGAACCCCUGGCGCCGACCUCUGCCUGGCACCAGCUGCUCACGGUGAUGGACGGGGACUGGUGGGGGCAGUGGCACCAUGUCUGAGUGUUCUCCUCUGUUUGUCACUGUGACUCCAGCAGCCCAGGGCCACGGGACAGCAGAAGAAGUGCCAGUGGUUGGUGGGUUUGGGGUGAUUUUUAUAAAAAGAAUACAACACAAAGCAGGUUG